UUUUUUUUCUUCUCUAAGACGAAAACAGAGUCACAGCCAAGAUGAGACUGUAUCUUGCGGUUGCCGUGCUGGUGCUGGCUUUUGUCGCAUACACAGAGGCUCAGGAGGAGACCAUCGAGCAGAGGUUCUCUAAGUUUGGCGAACAGAUGACCCAGUUUGGCGGUGACCUGGCUGAGAAAACCAAGGCUGCCAUUGAACAGAUCCGCAACAGCGACUUUGCAGUGAGCUCAAAGAACUGGCUCCAUGAGCAAUUUGAGAGGCUGAAGAACAAGCUCGGAGAAGUCUCCCAGUAAACAAGUAGACCUGUGCCUACCACCACCAUCACCACCUCUGACCUCUUCACUCUCUCAUGUUGGGUUGCUGAUAUGUCACAUGACACAUUACUCUGCUGACCAGACACAAUGCUUACAUUGCCUCCUCAUUUUAAGGAGAUGUUUGUUUUCAUUUGUGCGUAAUCUCUUUGAAGAAAACAAUGUGAAAAAGUGCAAUAAAGAUAUCAGAAAAUAAAAAAAGUUUUAUUUUAUUUUUUAUAAAUCCUAUGUUAGCAUCAGUAUUUUGUCAAUGUAAAGAAAACAACAACUU